UCUCGAUUGGACAUUAACAGGAAGAGGACACCACACAUCACGAUGGAAAGCGGCGAGGCCUUUAUCAAAACCAUCGAGUGGGACAUGAUGGACAAGAAGAAGUUCUUCCCGCUGUCGAUGCUGAGUUCGUUCUCGGUGCGCUGUGCGUUGUUCCCGCUCACCGUGAUCAAAACACAACUGCAGGUCCAGUACAAAAACGACGUCUACAAAGGAAUGAUUGACGCCGGCGUUAAAAUCUACCGCCACGAGGGCGUGCCCGGCCUGUACCGCGGGUUCUGGAUAUCCUCGGUGCAGAUCGUGUCCGGGGUGUUCUACAUCAGCACCUACGAGGGGGUGCGGCAUCUUCUCAACCAGUACGGCGCCAAUCAACGAACGAAAUCUCUGGUGGCGGGCGGAGCGGCCUCGCUAGUCGGCCAAACCAUCAUCGUCCCAUUCGACGUGAUAUCGCAGCACGCGAUGGUGCUCGGAAUGGGUGGAGGAGCUGCGGGGGGCUUAAAGGGGGGAAGUUGCAAUCCGUUGGGAAUUGAUUUCGAGAGGAGUAGCAGAAUGCGGAUAACGAUGGACAUCGUCCGGGAGGUGAUGCGACGGGAUGGAUUCAAGGGGUUCUACCGGGGGUACGUGGCCAGUCUGAUGGCUUACGUGCCCAACUCGGCCAUGUGGUGGGCCUUCUACCAUCUGUACCAGGACGAACUGCUGAAGGUGUGUCCCCCGUGGGUGUCUCACCUGUUGGUCCAGUGCGUGGCCGGCAGUUUAGGUGGGUUCACCACGACCGUCAUCACCAACCCACUGGACAUUGUGCGCGCCCGGUUGCAGGUCCAACGGCUAGACUCGAUGCAGGUGGCCUUCCGCGAGCUGUGGCACGAGGAACAUUUCCACAUGUUCUUCAAGGGUCUGACGGCGCGGUUGGUCCAAUCGGCUGCGUUCUCAUUUAGCAUUAUCUUAGGCUACGAAACGAUCAAACGAGUGUCGGUGAACGAACAGUACCGGCAUCUAAUAAAGUGGUGAUUUGGCCACUGCUCUGUAGGGUCUGUUGGAGAUACAGCGCCGUCGCCGCCGCAUGUGCGUAGCAUGGAAGCGGUGGCAGCUCGGCGGCGGUGUGGAAGCAAUGAAACAAAAGAAUUCUGAUGCCAUCGCGCACAGUGGGAUUCGAUGGGUGGACGAUCAUUGUGACCGAAAUAAUAAAACCGCCGCGCAAAAAGUUCACGUUUAUUAGGUAACGCUAGGUUCCAAAGUUGUAAAACAAUAUACUUAUAUUAUAGAGACUAUAUUAUGAUUUAAUGUGCAAGUGCAACUCAUAUAAUGUUUCAAAUGCUGACACUUGUUAUGUAAUAAUAAAUGUAAAUGCUGUACAUUUUUUUGUUUGUAUUUAUAGUCAACCUCUAAAAAUGUACUCUGAGAUAGUCAACGUAAUGUUAGUUCAUGGCGAUAAACUGGCCUCAGGCUAAAAUUCUCCCCAAUAAAGAGAACAAUAAAACUUAAACUUUUAAAAAGCUUUCAAAUCCUUUGACACAAAUUUUGUAUAAACUUAUUACCAAGGCAGACAAUCACAAAAUUUUGAAUUCCGAAGGAAUGUAUGCAUGUCUAUAACUGAUUUUGUUCAAAUAUGGGCAGAAAAAAAAACACAAAUAUCUGUCAGAAUAAUAUGGUAGAACAUUGGUAGUUGAAGCAUACAUACAGUGCAAUUUUGGCCCGAUCCUAUAACACUUUCUCGAAUGCCAUUAUCCAUACAAAUAAUUUCCCCGAAAAACGCAUCACAUACCUAUAAAAACAGCAACUUAGUUUUGAUUAACACGUCCACGGAUUUGUAGGUACAGUCAACUUUCGCUCGUUGCACUAAGCUCUUGGCCCAGUUAGUGAAAGACUUUCACUAGGUGGGCUGAGUUUUGAGCUGUCAAAUAAUCUUUAACAAUAGAGAUUCAGUGCUACCAACCUUGACAAAUCGUGCUUCACGUCAAAAAGUGGCGUUUGACUUUGUUUUAACUGGGCUAUAGCCCACCUAACGGGCGCCCAGUUAAAACGUAGUCCACCUAAACGUAGCCCAACGACCGAAAGUUGACUGUAUGCUGCUAUUGAAGGUUCAGCCGCAAGCCUCCUUCCUUGGUUGGCCACGUGUCAACAUUGGUUGAACUACUGAUGCAUUUUUUUAAACUUUAUAUACCGUGAGGUCGCCAUUCACCGCUCAUGCCCCAUUCACCGCUCAUUUUGGGUCAAUCAUACAAAAAUAGUCAAAUGUUAGUAAAGUAUCGUAACAAAAGUGAAUACAGUCGGAACUCGCUCGUUGAGCCACAACCUCCACCCAACCAACGAAUUCGAUUCGCUAGUUGGGUGAAGUGACAGCAGCACAAGGGGCGUGCGCAUUGUUUUUUUUUUUAAUCAUGUUUAGGUUGGAAGUUAGAAGUAAAAAUUUUCAUUUUGUUUUACAUUUAGAGCAAAACUAAUACGUUUUGCAAGAUACAUAUAUAGCUUAUGCGAGAAAUAAUUAUUUUCACCCAUUUUUAGUCGGUGAAGUAGUGAAAAUAUAGAUGUUUAUGAAACCACCCGGACCAAAAUGCAACACAAAACGCUUUCAAUGAUCGACAAAACAAAGAUUGCCGAUGUUUUGCAUUUGUUUCGAAGUAAUUGUACAUAUUGUUUUUUUUUUUUAAGAAAUAUGAAAUAGAAAUUCUUCUCGAUUAUCAGUAAAGUUUAAGAAACCAAAAACUCAUUAGCUCGCCCCUCGGAAUUACAGAUUGGUUGUCAUUUUCAGUUUGACAUUGAAUUAUGACAUCCAGGUGCUUUUUAGUUGGCUGACCGCUCAACUAACGGAGCCCCAACUAAAAAGCCACCCAACUAUUAAGCCCCCAACCAGCGAGUCAUGACUUUAUAAUAUGCUGCCACAUUUAAAAACUUUCAUUUCACCAUGAUUUUAUAUGGGUGUACCUGAAAUCACGUUCUCAAAAAAUAUUUCUCACACUGCGCUGCAGGACAACAUGGGAACUGUUCAGGGCAAAUAGCGGAAAAAAUAUCCAAUAGGUAAAGCCCGUUAAAGAUUCCAUUUUGACAAAACAGGAUGAACUGAACGUCAUGAAUCAUCAAUACUUUGGUAAAUAAAAGUUAUUUUGUUUUUAUAAAUGAAUAGUUUCUGCGAUUCCAUGAAAAAAUAAUCCAGUGAGCGGUGAAUGGAUCCAUUAUGAGCGGUGAAUGGAUGCAUGAGCGGUAAUAGGAGCCAAGAGAUUACACAUUUGAAUUUUUAUUUUUUCGGCUGUAAACAUAUUUUACAAUCGUUUUAUAUUUUUUCUAUAAAAACAACAUAAUUGUUGAGUUGUUAACGUAAACUAAAGUGCAAUAUUCGCAAACGUCGAUUUUUAAUGUCAUAUACUUUACGAAAAUGCCGUUAAAUGAGCGGUGAAUGGCGACCUCACGGUACCGCAUUUAGUUCACCACUGGACUGCGCACUGAGUCUUCAUAAGUGCGAAAACGUAAAUAAAACUGCGCGAUUGCUUCAAUUCAAAUUGAUGUCUUUGGCGCACUAAUUCUAUGCUAAUUCUUCGAUGUAUGCUGAAUAAGUGCUCUGAAGACACCGAGUCGAUUGGAUUCUAU